CCUUGCUCUAUCCCUUGGUGCCUCGGUUUCCCCUUCUGUAGGCCCAGGGGUCCCAGGGUACUGUAUAAAGCGCUGAGAGAUGUACAGAGGCCACAUACUGGCCAAGGCAUCAGAGCCGUAUUUGCUGUUGCCAUUAAAGAACGCAGUGCAGUGUACCAAAGCCCUGGGCUGUGCUGGCUCUGUCCUUGCCGUUCAGUCGCUAUUAACACCUGAGGUCCUGCCACAUGUUGGAAGAGUUGUCUGGGUGCAGCACAGACUCUUCUGGAGAUCUCUAGCACUUUCUGCCUUCCCCAUUGAAAGGGAGGAGUCGUGUGCUGCUACGAAGCGUGGGGCAGAGGAACUGGCAGUCCGAGCAGCUGCCCUGGAGAUGGGGGUGCCAAUCCUUCCCCAUGGAUUCCUGCAACGCCACCAGCUUCAGGCAAGGGCCUUUGGUUCCUUUGCAGGACCCAGCACCAGAGGUAUUAAAAGUACUUCUGAGCUCCAGGCAGUGCUAGGCUGCCCCAAGGAUGUUUUUCAAGACCUGCCCAAUACAACUGACCCCCUUGUGACAGGCUGCUGCUUCCAGAGAGCCCGACUAUCACACCGGACCUGCAAGAGGACAUGGGCAUGCCAUGAGGUGCUAUCCCAGGCAGAGCAAUAGGAGCAAAGGCAUGUGUGGAGGGCAAAGUUAUUGGAAUGAAGGUGCGUGCGAGGGGCAGGGCUGGGCUUGUUUGCUCAGAGCUUGUGAGUGGCAAACGAGGCUGGGUGGAUCCUACCGCCUUACUGGCAGCCAGGGUCCUCUAGGCUGCAGCAGGGCAAGGGAGGCAGCGUUUGGCCCCGGCAGCAAGAAUUGAAAUGUCUCAUGGCUGCAUUCAGGCCAAAAUCACCUGCUAAGUCUCCUCUUCAAGGACUCAGUGAUGUAUCACCAAGAGCAAGUUGCCUGGCAAGCAGAUUGUGUGGCCUGGUGAUCCCUGAUGUGCAAAGCAGGACUAUGCCAAAGGAUUGCUCUGUCCUCUCCUUCCUUCACCCCUUUUCCCUCUAAGAGUUAUGCCAGCCCAAGCAUCUGGGCUAGACCCUGGGAAUUUGAGAAGCAGAUGCUUUCCACUCUCUCAAAAGCCCCAAGAUGAGGGAGCUACCACUGCAUCUGAGAUGCUGUGGGCUUUGUGCAGAGCCGUCCCCGUCCCCAGGGACAGGCAGCCUGUGCAGGAUGGUGCUGCCUGCAGAGAUGGCAGUGCCACCCCAGUCGUGCCUCAUCUUCCCCUGGGCUUGACAGUCUGGACAAGGUCUCAAGUGCGGUCCCACUUUCACGGUGGUUCCCUUGCAGCUGCAGGCAGGCCCAGACCGAGUCGUAAUUCCCCAGGGCCAAUGCAGUGCUGGAAGGGUGCACAGAGCAGAGAAGAUCCGGGAGUUAAAGCCAGACACCUGGGACAAAUGGGGCAGGAAAAUGCUGUUCUGAGGAGGGACAAGCACAGCUGCACACAGGGCAGAGCUCUCUCCUCUGGGAUGUGCUGCUGGGAAGAAGCAGAGCCCUCUUUGGCACUGCCGUGUCCCUGCCCAUCCCAGCUCCUGUCCUUCAGCCACCCCAAACUGGGACAGGGAAGCCGGGCUCUGCAUUCUCAGCCCUGCAUUUUUCUCCACGAUUUGGCUUUUUGAGAAGUGCUGGGGAGGUUUGUGCCCAGACCUAGCUCCAACCACAUCCUAUCGGGGCCUUUCCUCCCUCUGGAAAGAGAGGGAGGAAAAGAAACAGAAACCUCCUUUGGUCUCGGGAGGGCAGAGCUGGCUGGAAGCAUCGUUCCAGUCCACGGAGCCGUCGCUGCGUCGGGGCUGGGAGUGAUCACAAGAGGGCUCUGCGCAGCCGGCAGCCCUGCACGAAGGUGGAGUUACUUCCAGGGCAGAAGAAAACGAAACUCCGAGGCAGAAAAAUCUGAAGGGACGUCUUAGCCAGUGAGCAGAGGGCCACCAGAGCUGCCCACGCCUGACGAUGGCUGCAAAUGCCCCCCCAAGCCAGCAGAGCUCACAGUUUGAGACCCAGCUGCUGGAAGAUGAAUUCCAGUUUGUUCUCUGUGAGGGCUGCAAACAGGAAUCACCCAACCUGAAGCUCCUCACCUGCCUCCACACCUUGUGCCUCAGCUGCCUCAGUGAGAACAAGCCCAUUGGCCAGUGCCCCGUGUGCCAGACCGCCAUCCCACAGGCCAGCGGCAUCCCUGACAUGGACAACCUGCUGUUUGCCAGCCUGCAGGCCAGGCUGAACGUUUACAAGAAGAUCGUUGGCAGAGUUGACUUAUUCUGUGACAACUGCAAGACAGAAGGCGAGUUCUGGUGCUCCGAGUGCGAGGAAUUCCUGUGCACAAAGUGCUUUGAGGCCCACCAGAGAUACCUGAAGAAGGAGAGCCACGAAGCCAAGAGGGUGACGGAUAUCAGAGCAGGGUCAGCUAAAGACUUUCUUGAGGGUACCAGGAAGGCUAGUAACUUAUCCUGCUCCAACAUGACUCACAAGAGCCAGACAUUAAGUAUCUACUGCAAAAAGUGCUGCAAGCCUGUCUGCUGUAUCUGUGCCCUGCUGGACAGCAAGCAUGCAGGCCAGCAUUGUGAUAUCAACACUGAGAUCCAGCUAAGGCAGGAGGAGCUGGGUGCCAUGAGCCUGGAGCUGAAGCAGAGGAAAAGCGGCUUUGAAGAUGCCUACAAGGCUCUGCAGGACGAGGUGGCCCGCCUGGAGCGGGUGAGCAGCGAGACUCGGGAGCAGAUCCAGCAGCGCGUGGAGCAGCUGGUGCGGCUGAUCCGUCAGGAGGAAGAGGAGCUGCUGGGGCUGGUGGAGACGCGGCGGGAGCAGGGCCGCCAGGAGCUGGCGGGGGAGCUGCGGCGCGUGGAAGGCGUGCUGCGGCGCAUGGAGGCCGGCGAGCAGCUGGUGGAGAAGAUGAGCCUGUACGCCACGGAGCAGGAGGUGAUGGACAUGCAGCCCUUCAUCAAGGACUCCCUGGAGGAGCUGCGGAGGCUGCAGCCCACGGCAGCUGGGGGCCAAGUGCAGGCCGCGGGGGACUUUGCUGAGUGCAGAGGCAGGCUCCAGGCGCUGGUGGAGCGAGUGAUGGGGCGGACAGAAACUGCCUCUGCUCAAGCCACAGAAAACUCCCAUCAGGUCAUCUCUGCAUCCACUCCUCUGAAGAGGAGGAAUGUUCAAAACGCAGAUGUCCUGCCAUCGCCAGUGAAGGUGAUGAAGGUUGAAGACAACGACAUUGAAUGGAUGAAAUUGGAAGUCUUGCAGAAACAAAGCUCCUUCGAUCAGCCUGGAACCAGCUAUCCGGUGUCUGCUGUGGCUCAUACCACCAAAAAAGAUGGCUUAUUGGAAGAUGUGGAAAAUAGCAACAGUGGGCUGCAUGAUUCAGAUAACGAUAUUUUCUGCUUGGACAGUUUUGAAGAGGACAGCAGCGAUCAGGAGUCGUUGGACUCCAAUCUGCUAGAUGAACCUAACGGCAUGCUCGAUGAAAGCACCAGUGAAGACUGCCUGGACAUUGCCGUCAGCAACCAGAACAUACUUGACUUGAGACAAGGAUCCCUGCUGUUCUUUGAUGUCAAGAUUUUGAAAAAUGAGAUCAUUCAGGUGGCAGUGGUAGACAGAGAGAAAAUUUUCCCGAUCCUGAUUCAGCCAGUGAAAUGUUUGUCCACCUUGAUGGCCAAAAAUAGUGUCUGCGAAGUUGGCCUGAGGAAUCUGCUUUGCCACCUCAACACUGUACACAGGCCCAUCCUGGGUGGAUUUGGUCUCUGGUCGCUCCCUUUCCCCACCCUCUUGAAAGCCCUGUCAUUUGUGGACAAGAAAGGGGAGUUCAGCUCUGCUGUGUAUGGUUUCCUAGACAUUUUGCCUCUGAUUAAAGAGAAGAUCCCCGAGAGGGAUAAUUACAAGUUGAAGACCUUGGCCAACACUUAUCUCUGGCGACAGCUCAGUGAUUGCAGUGCCAUGGAGAGUGCGAAGGCUAUGAAGGAUCUGUACGAGGUCCUGGAUAUCAACCUGGGGAAGGAACCCAGGCUGAUUCUCAGCCAUGCCAGCCUGGAGUGCUUCAUCUCCCUCACGCCCUUGCUGACCGAGAAACUUCUCACCAAGCCAUCCGCCCAGACGCUGGCCACUCACAACAUUGGCCUCUCUGAGCUCUGGUCCUGCUACAGGCGUGACCCCAGCAAAGGGCUCCAGAAAGUGUGCCGUCUGGUCAAUAUUCGUCGGCACAGCUCCGAAAAGAAGGUUCGAAACCUGAGCAAGAUCAAGGUCUACUUCCAGCAACAGCAGCAAUCAGCUGAAUGCCAGACGACCCCAGUAGGCAGUGAUUUUCCAGAAACCAUAAAGAGUGAGAAAGACUGUUGAAAGAUGUCUGUGCCUUACCAGUACAAGACCCUGUCUCUCACCCAUGGAGAGUAACUCCUGGGGCAAAUUACCAGCUCAUGUCACUAGUUUUGCAUUCAAAAUUUUCUGCCUGCUCCUGCCUGGGGUGAUGGGUCUGGGUUUUGAUAUGUGACAGUCUCCUGCCGUCCUCCCUCAUCUAAACACUUGUGUUAAGGUGAAGAGCUGGGGACACUAGGCUGGCUGGGACAUGUCCUCUGGCCUUGCUCUGAUCUUGACACCUUGUAGCCUCACUGUGUAUUAAUUUCCCCUCUGGAUGAAUCAAACCAACUACAGGAAGAAAUCUUUCCAUGAUUUCUGGGAAAGGAAGCUACUGCUUACAGUCCAUCCUGCCUUUGCUGGUUUGGGGCUUGGGGGGAGAAGGGGGAGAGGGAAAGGGGCAAUGUGGUUGGAAGCCAAAUGGAAAAACAGCGGGUACUGAAAUUAAUUUAGAAGGGCCAAGAGAAUAAAGGAUGCCUGUAAAUGCUGGGAAGGGGUCUAGAUCAUGGAGAGGAGAAGGAGGAAUGCAGAAAAAGGGGAUAGGAGGCCUUUUUGUGGCAUGAUCCACACCCUAUUUUACUCCCAAGCUUGGUAAGAGGUGUCCCCACCUUGCACAUCCUGCCCUCCCUUAGCCCCCUUUGCCCAGCUUGGGGGCGUCUCUGCCUCUGAGGGGUACCUGAACUCCUUGUCCGUCUUCUCGUGAGCAGGACAGCGAGGACAGAGGGCUGUCCCUUGUGUUCCUGUUGUCAGAGCUGCUCUGUCACUCCAAGUAGCUGAGCCUUCCUGUGAGCCAGUAUUUGCAAUGUCAUUGUGGGAGGAACCAAAAACAGUCAUAUGCAGUGCAUGUCCUUUGGCCACCAGGAUUCAGCGUCUGGCUGGCAGGGAUUCAACCUCUCUGCUCGUGUGCUCUGAAAGGGGGGCAGUGUGAACACAGGGAAGAAGGGCUUGUGUUACUCAUUCCUUUGUGAGGGACAACAGACCCUGGAGAGUGGGGGAGCUGGGCUGAAGAAAGCGACAAAAAAAACCCAAAAAACCAAAAAGCCCCUUUGGGUCCAUCUACUCUGAGAUAUGAAUCUCCUAAGUGAGUGCACAGUGAUACUGUUUUCCUACCUUCUCCCCUGCUUUCCAAGCUCAAAGACAGACAGGGAAUUGCUUGGUCAGGGAGGGAAUGUCAUUGCUCUUUCUGUAGAGGCUGCUGUGCCUGCUUACAGAUGCAGAAGAAAUAAAUCAUUUACUUAA